AUGGCCAUGAGCGCCACCCGUCCGCUGGGCGCCAGCGGGCUGGCCGCCCCCCCGCAGAUGUUGCGCCUGUCCGCCCGCCUGGGACGCCGGGGGCAGGGCGCCCGCAACGUCGCGCACCUCCUGCAGCUGGCCCUGGCGAAGGGGAUGAGCUUCGUCGACGUGACGGAUGUCCUGGGCAUCGAGGGGGCCGCUGAAGUCAUCCGCGGCUGGAGGGAAGAUUUGGUGCUGGCAUUGAGAUUUGGGACCCGCAAUGAGGAUGGCCACGCGGUGCCGGACUCCAACGCAGCCAGCGUCCGUCUGGCCUGCGAGGCGGGCCUGCAACGGCUGGGACUCGAGGGAGGAUGCAUCGACCUGUUUUAUCAGGAGGUGCCAGAUCCAGAGACGCCUGUAGAGGCCACUGCGGAGGCGUUGAAGGCUCUCAUCGACGAAGGCAAGGUCAGGGCCGUAGGCAUCGCUGGCGUGGACGCAGAUACGAUCCAGAGGGCGAACUCGGUUCAACCCAUCUCUGCUGUAUCGCUCCAGUGGUCCGCAUGGAACCCAAAGAGUUCAAGGAACGGCAUACUGACUGUCUGCCGAGAGUUAGGUGUUGGUAUUUUGGCAACCAAGGCGGCGGGAGGAGGUGUUCGGAACGCACACCUACUGGAGGCCGCUGUCAUCAGUGAGAAGGUGAAACAAAUUCUGGAUGACUCCCACCCCAAAGUUUUGAAGAGGCUGCAGGCAAUCUGGGACCAAUCUGCAGCCGUCCUGGAAAAGCAGGUGAAGAGAAAGGCCAGCAUCCAGGGGGACAACAUGUCAAAGAUGGUGGCGGCCAUCUUGGACAGACAGGCCCAGGGGCUUGUCGUGAAGUUCAGGCUGCUUUUAUCUGACCAGGACAGCCAUUUGACUGCCCAAGUGCAGGACCUUGCUGCAAAGCAGACGCAGCAUGCCUCAGGGCGUGUCAGCGCCCUGUUGGACCGGCAGCUGGAGGUGUUUGGCAAGCGGGUGGAGAGUCUCUCUGGGCUGCCCGACCGUGAGUUUCUGGACAGGGUGCAAAAGGUGCAGAAGCACCAGCAGCACGUGCUCGUCAUGCGACUGACCCGCAUUCGCAGGAACCAGGCGGACAGGUUGCUGGCCAGCCUCGGGGAGCAGCUUGGGCAGGCGUCUCUGGUGGCCAAGAAGGCUGACAAGGUACUCAGCAAUCAGAGCUGCCGCCUCAUAGCAAAGGUGCUGCAGAAACAGGACAGGCAGGGCCAGAGGAUGGCCGUCAAGGUCCAGAAGACACAGGAGAGGCGCCGUGCCGUGGCUGCUGUGAAAAUAGAGUCGAUCCUGCACAGGCGGAGUUGCCAGGUGGGGAAGAAGAUUGGUGUUCUCCUGGCCAGGGCGCCAGCUUCUGUGCCGUUGUGCGUCAGGAAGCGGCUGAACCAGCAGAGCGAGGCGCUGGCAGUCAAGUUGCACGCCCUGGCCAGCAAGGGUGUCAGAACCCAGCGGAUGAAAGUGGUGGUGCAUCGCAUCAUGCAGAGGCAAGCCGUGGCCGUCCUUGCCGAGGUGGAGUCGGUGGUCGAGAGGAGGAACAGCCGAGUGGGGCGCGUUGCCAAGAAGGCGCUGGGGCUUGAUGGCACCCCAUCCAGCGAAGAUGGCACCGAGGCGGAGGCUGGAAUGGGGCAACCUGAUUUGCUUGGGGGCCUGCACGCAGCGACGGCUCUGGCCAUAUCUGGCAGGAUCGGAGAGGUGGCAGAGGCACGCGGCGUGGAGCUGGUGGCCGCUUGCAUGGCGUGGCUGCACCACCAAGGCGAGGACGUCUUCCCUGUGGCCGUCGUUGGAGGACGUGGCAGUGUGCUGGAUGCACUGGUGCAGGGCGCUGCAUUGGAGCUCACGCCGGAGGAGGCCAACAGGAUGGGCAAUCCAGGGGCGGACGAGUUGGACGUCGACGACUGGGACGAUUGUGAUGCGGGGCUGCAGCCGAUUCACGGGCACCCGGUCCAUGGGUGA